UGUACAAGUAUUGCAUUGACAUCUUUUGUGAUUGGCUCUGAUUGGGAAGGAAGAGAGGAUAUUCUCUUCUGUUUGACAAGAAAAGAUGAAAGAGAGUUUGUUCAGAAGAAAGAAAAAAGCUAUCUUUGGUGCGCGCCUUUAUUUGCCAAUAUCUCGCUGUAACUUUUGUUGGAUUUUACAGCAACCUGUUUUGUCAUUCAGUAUGAAGUCAAGUUGGAAAGUCCUAGGUUAUUGCUGUACUUUUUCACUCUAUUCAAACUUGACCACAACUAGAAUCAGAUAUCGUCCUAUUCCUUUGUGGAAGCACUAUUUCAGGUUUUCCACACAAGCUUGUGUCUCUUCCUCAACAUAUACCAACAACAGCAAUAGUAGAAAUAACAGCAGCAACAGCUGUCUUAAACUGGACUCUUUUCCCUUUCACCCUUAUUUGGAUGAUAGAGGUUUUCUUUCUUAUCAAGAUAGCUGGGGUAAAGUUUCUGUAUACGCUAUUUAUGAUGCUCAAUAUCGUUUGCAAUAUAUUGGCAUUUCGAGAGAUACACGCACUUCGUUACUACUUCAUCUAAUUAGAAUGCCUCAAUUUUGUUAUUAUUUCAAGUUUCAGUCGUUUGAAAAACCCAGCAGAACUAUUUUGAAUCAGUUAAGAGAGACGUGGAUAAAGGAAAUGAACCAUCAGACACCUGUUGGAAAUGUGGAUGCCUUUUGGCAAGCAAGAUGGGAAGGUCCCAUCGACGUAAGAAAUCAUGGUUGGUUGACAACAGAAGAAAAACAAUUAUUGGAAGAAACAGAGGAAAAUAACAUGGCGAAAGUAUUGAAGCAGAUUUGUCGCCGCGUACAAAAGGAAGUAGAAAAUCAGCUAGCAGAGAGAAAUGUACAAGAAACGAUACGUUUUGAUCCCAAGUUAAAAGAAAGGGGCUUGUUAGAUGGACAAAGUAAGAAGGUAGAUGUUCCUGAUACUAUCUAAAUGAAGUUGGAGUAAUAUUGGGAGAAAAUAGCGUUCAUAUAAAGUAUCCAUACCUAUCUUGAGAUAUUUU